AUGUCGUCUUCAGCACUACUAAAAACCAUCCGUUCAUUAAAAGAUUCCACCUUUGAAGCUUGCGCGGCCAUCAGCGCAUACUCCAAGACAUCUUUAUCUUUGUCAAAACCAUCAGAAACAAAUCCAAUAGCAUCAAAAAUUGAGAUUAAGCAUUUGCUCGUCGAGUUGAGGCUUCUCGGGGGCUCGCUUCACAGCCUCGAGUCUUUUGUUACGGAGUUGGCAGCCAACAAUGACAAUUCUGGCGACAGCACGUUAGGCAUCACGCCAAGCACAUCAGGCUCUGCUUCCGGAAGAGAAAUUGACCGCGAAUGGCCGAUGAUUGAUAAAUGCGAAAUAUUAGUCUCUGCUUUAAAGUCAUUUCAUGCUUUUGCGACAUCGGAUGGCAUCAAGGCGGCUAGAGCAUCACUUUCAGACGUUCGAUCUAAACUCGCCUAUGUUCUUGGGUCGUCCGAUACCCUAGAAGAUAUUUCACUUCAAUUCUCGAUACUCUCAACAGACUCUGUCCCACAGCUUAUGGUCCAGAAGGAUGACGACCAUGAGGCUGUCGAAGCCACUGACCAUUACGAUGAUGAGCCCAGCGCAACCGAUGUUUCCGAUUGGCUUAACAUUCUAAACUCAUCUGAAAAUGAUCGCGAACCAGCAGAAUACAAUAGAGAAACAAUGCUGAUACAGGCGCGUCGAAUCACAGAACCAAAAUAUCGAGUGGCAGCCACGAGAUGGCCAGAAUAUGCCGAAAAAUAUUGGCAAAAGCUUAGGCCGCAAGUUUGUACCCUUUUCAGGAUACAAAAGUCAUAUAACUUCGUGCAAUGGGCUCUAGAAUAUGCCAGAGUGAUGUAUCCGCGGACGCUGGGUUCUUUAGCCUUUUCUCCAAGGCUUCUCCUCGAAUUAACAGACGCAUUAUGCGACGGGUCUGUAUCGUCACUUCACAUCGCAGCAGCGCUUGGUUUGCCCAGUCUUUGCAGAGAUCUUUUGUCGAUGGGCGCCAAAGUCAACCAGUCUAGUCUUAUUGGCACGCCCUUAUUUUGCGCCCUUGUCGGCAGCAAAGUCCUCGCGACCCGUACGGAACCAGAAUCAUGGGCCACACUGCUUGUUGGCGGCGACUCGAAUGUCGACCAGGCAGCAACCAUUCUUUUGCUCCUUGACGGGGGUGCCGACUGCAAAUAUCGUUACAAUUGGAAAAACGGAACUGAAGAGGUGUCACUGGCAGGCCUGGCAUUUUGGACUGCGAUGAUCAGCAAGCACGAGGCCGUCUUCACGCGCAUCGCCAAAGGAGGAAGCAAUCUGGAUUGGUCAUUUCACCAGUUUUUGGAGCGAGAAACCUUGACAAAGCGUGGCCUGCUUCACCGCGCACGGUUCGCGCGCCUACUCACCUACGUCUACGAUAUGACCUUGGCCGAUAUGGAACAAGACAACACAGAAUAUUUGGAAAUACAGGAGCUCGUGUCUAAGGUCAUGAGGCAUAGCAAAGUCAAAUUUUCACCUACGACAGACGGCAAGAUAGAUACUCUGAGCGAUGGAAGUUUUUCAGAAGCCAUACGAACCGCUGUUUUGGAUUUCAACGUCACACUGGUGGAACGAUUGACCAAAGACCCCAGGUUCGAUCCCAAUUUCCCGUACAACAAUGACGGAACUUCUGGUACGAUCCUUCAUAUGGCUACAGAGGGUGCUCAGCUCGAAAUUAUGGACAUUCUUAUCCGUGCUGGAGCCGAUGUGCGAGCCAGAGACUCGGAAGGUCGUACACCCCUUAUGGUUAUUGAGGAAGUCGGUCCCUUGGCGAAGUUGAUUUUGGAACACUCGGCUCCUACCUAUGAUACCGAUAACGGCGGCCGCAACAUCUGGCAUCUCCUCGCCGCUACAAAUGAGGUGAAACUACUGAUGUUUCUAUGGGACAAUGACCCAUUCAAAAUCCGCAACCUUGACGCCGUAUGCGAGGAUGGACAUACCCCAUUGAGAGCAGCCUUCGCCUAUAUCAACACCUUGGAAAUUGUCCCAAAAGGUGGCCAAAAGGUUGGACCCGUGGCAGCCCAGUUCUUGCUGAAACAGUGCCAGGGGUAUCUAAAAGCAGAGGGCAACGAGCAGUUGGCAAGAUGGGCCACAGAAUGGGGCGACGUUGAUCUUGUGAAGAAAAUAUUUCAACUCAUCCCCAGCGCCAACGAGGGCGAUGAAUUACUUCUCCGGUCGUUGAACAUAUCGGCCUCCCCUGAGCUUGUUUCGCUGGUUCUUGACAAGGCUGGGCCAUCUCGACCGUUUUCUGACGGCCUAACGCCAGCAGAAACAGUCAUCACAAACACAAGGCUCCUGCUACCGCAAACAGGAUUCACUAACAAGCCAAGUCUACACCCGUCUUGUUAUCCCGAGAUGACUCGCAGCGCUUAUAUGGACUUGCUCACUCCUGAAGUUCUCAAUUCACGAGACAGCCAGGGAAGAGGUCUAUGGGCAAGGUUCUGUGACGAUGUACUCACGCUGUUCCGCAGCCGAUCAGCCGAUUACCCUAACAACAUGUAUUUCCUGUAUGGGUUUGCGCGUAUGGCGAUUUCGUGCUUACUUGAGAAGGGUGCUCUCGUGGAUUACGAGAAAGAUACCGGAAAUUGGGCAAUUGCUCGCAUAUCCAACGAAGCCCGAGUUGGUGCCGUCACUUGGACAUCUGUUAAAUUGCCAUUCGUUGCCGCUGUCCUGGAAGCGUCCCUUUACGGGAUGGAAAAUUUUGAUCUAGCCAAAGAAGGCUCGAAAGAGUUUUUUGAUACAAUAGACGCCGCAGUUCUUCUUUCACUUGCUGUGCGCUCUCGGAAACCAGACGUCGUCGAACUACUUGUCCAGAGCGGUAUGAACGUCCACAAGCCUUGGGAGAGUUUUGGUGGCAAAUCAAUUUUCGAGGACUUUUUGUCGGAUGAGCCUGUGGACGUAUCGAUGAUUGAGCCGUUGCUCAGCAAUACAAAACCACAAGACAUUAUUGCCAACCAACAUUACACAUUCCGAGAGGUUUUAGCCAUACCAGACGAAACUAUCGCUGUGAUGGUGCUUGAAAAGCUAAUUGACUGCGGCAUGGAUGUCAAUAGUCUCGAAGUUACCAAUCAACCGUCGUUUAGAUCGCCAGUCCACGACUCCCCCGGUCCAUCAAUGCUAGUGAAAGCACUUUGUCGCUCGAGGACCAGUCUCGCAAUGCUGCUAGUCCGCCGUGGUGCAGAUGCCAGUUUGGCACCACCAGAUUCGAUCAGCGGCUUUAUGCUGGCCGCCAAGAUUGGUUUUGUGGUUGUGCUGGAAAACAUCAUCGAGAAAGCGCCUGAGGAUUUUAACUGGCUAUGCCGUUUUAAUGCUCUUGAACACGGUGAUAUCUUUAAUGCACUUCAGUUUGCUGCAGUCGGAGGUCAUCGCGAUGUCAUGAUGGCGCUUUUGGAAGCCACCCCGUUGGUUAAAGAGAUUGAUACUACAAGUCCACGGUAUGGUCGAUCACCAGCGCAUUUAGCUGCCAAAGCUGGGUCUCUAGACUGUAUCAAGGUCUUGACUAGGUUCGGCGCGAAUUUGACUGUCAGAGACAUUUCAGGCAGGACACCACUCUUUUAUGCUCUUUUAGGACCCAACCGAGAGGUAGCCGAGUAUAUCGAAGAGCACAUGCCGGAUCCCAGCAGUACCCGAAAUAUUGUUCUCCCACCUUCUGUGCCUGACUCACCCAGCACAUCUUCUGUCUUUUCGCUUCAAGAACUUUCUGAUGUUGAUAUGGCAGACGCGUCUUCAGAGACAGACGAAAACUCAAAUCCUCGACGUCUAGGCGAUUUGCUGGCUCAUGCAAUCGAUCAUUACCAGCUAAAGAGUGAUGCUCUUUUCAAACCAUUCCUCGAUCACGCUUCGAAGAAGGACCUGGAGUCAGCCAUCAUGCCUUGUGGAGGUUGCACUCUCCUCAGCUACACAGCGUCCAAAAAUCUCAUACGACCUAUGUUGGAGCUUCUUGAAUUGGGUUUCAAAGGAUUCGUGACUAGCUGUGACGAACAUUGGAAUGACGGCUACAACGCGCUAUUUGAAGCCGCUCGGCAUCUACAGCGACUCAUGGCGUACGAUAUGUUUAUCUCCCCCGAAAAGGCAUAUUCCUUCUUCGAAAAGUGCCUGGAUGCAUAUUUACAAGAAGAACGAGUUUGGUUUCACAUGAGAAUGAGCCCCAUACACGCUAUUUUUUACUUCGGACAAUCUGUCCACCAUCCUGCUCCCGAACAUCAGUACAACGUUCUUCAGAUAUUCAUUAAUCAUUUAACAGAACACGCCGAACAAUACUGGACUUUGAUGAAAAAGUAUGGACUACUGAAUCUGUUCCCUUUCGACGAAAACGAGAGCAUCGUGAAGAGAGUCUUGCGGUUCGCUGUCAACCUAAGGAACCAGUCGAGAUUUCCAAGCGGGUCUGGGCACACUCCUCUGCAUUUUAUGACUGUCUAUUGUGGCGGAAAGGUGCUCACUGCGCGGCAUUAUGAAAUGUUUUGCAAGAUGGCCAAGCUCCUUAUUGAUAGCGGAGCCGAUGUCAACAUUCAAGACGACGUUUCAGCAACACCCUUGUACCAUGCUGUGCACCAUGAUCUUUUGCCCUUGGUCGAUGUGCUUCUGGAAGCAGGUGCUGAUCAACAUAUUCCCGACAAUGAGGGCACAACACCUCUAGGCAUAUCGAUACGUGGUGCAUUGCAUAGGAAUUUCGCUGUAACCCAUCGCUUGUUAGAACGUGGUGGCGACCUUGCGACCAUCACUUUCCAUGAAUUAGGCGGUUAUCAAGAUGGCACUUUAAGGAACUUACACGAGCUGCUCAAGCUUGGUUUAGAUCCUUUUAGCAUCAAUUUGCCAGAUCGUGAAACAACUCUUACAUGCAUACUUUCCCAGAACAGCCAAAACUUCGCCCUGAACGGAGACUUUGACUUUUACCGCCUUGCAGAAGAGGAGCCUGCCUUCUUGAGAACUGUCUUUGUGGGAAGCUUCGACGGAUCAACUAUAUACAAAGAAGCCGGCAAAAUGAGAGCAAUCAUUAAGCGCAUUCCGUGGGAAUGUCGUGCUCGUGUUGUGAAUUUCGAGCCAGAUAAUGGAUUCAACAUUGGAUUUGCAGCCAUCCUCCCGGACUUGGACGACAUUCUUCGAUUGUUUCUCGAAGCGGGGUUCGAUAUUGAGCGCGAGAGACGCGGCAGGGGUUCAGCAUUGAUGUUUGCUAGUAGAAUUGGAGCAUUCAAGUGCUUCAAGAUGCUUAUUCGACACGGCGCAAAGGUCUCAUACCUUGGUAUUGGCAGAAGAGGUGAGUCCGUCGUUAGGUCUGCAGUUGACGAAGCAAAGAGACACCCAAAGCUACUGCGGUGGCUCCUCGUUGAUCGUUACUACGAGACGAAAUACCUUGCCGAGAAGGAGCACAACGGGCAAGAUACUAUCAAGCCUUGCGCUAUGAGUCUUGUCAUCUGUCUUCAUAUGUAUCACAUCUUGUCCCUCUGCCCCAGUCUCGUUGAUACUAUCAUGAAAUUGGCCGCUAUAAGCAUAAGAGACGAAAUUGUUAGACUUGAGGGUUCAACUUUUUAG